UCAAUUCAGGGGACAAAAGAAAACUUCGAUGUCAGUUUGAUUGGGUGAAUUUCUAGUGGUUUUAUAAGAAAAACUCCAACAAUUGCUUGAUUGGUUGGAACAAAUGGGGGAAGAACGUGUCGAUUGGAAGGGCACAAAAUUGUUGAGUUUGUUGUGAGAUAGUCUCGAUGCAGUUUUCGAAAGCCAAUCAACAUUUACACCUUUCUCGUAAAGUAAAACGGUAGGAUCUAAGGGUACAAAUUGGUGUAGUAAAAUGUAAAAAUUCCAAGAGCCAAAUGGAGAGAGAGAGGAAGGUAGUGAGUAAGGGUGUACAUGGGUCGAGUUGUCCGGAUUUAGCCAUUUAAUCACCGACUUAUGUACUACGAUUUUAUAAAUAAAUCUACCCCAACCCAACACAAAAAUAAUUAUUCUACACCAUAAAAUAUUAUAUAACUAAUUAAAUUUAAAACGAAUAAACAAAGGUGAAAAGUAUCAAAAUGCAUAAAUGUUGAUUGAAUUUUAAUAAAAUGCAAUUUGUUUCAACAUAUGUCUAGUUUUUUUUUUUCACAAGCAUUUUUUCGAAAUAUACUAAAGGUUAUGAACUAACACAUCCAUAAUAUGUUAUUCUCUUAAAAGUUAAAAUUGUACAUAAGAAAAACAAUUACACGAAUCACAGCGUAUAUUAAAUCUACGCCUAAAUGUUGAGUCAAAGAAUGCAUUAGGUUGGGGACUAGGUAGACGAGAGAAAAAUUUGGCAAAGUAUCUUAAUUUUCUGAAAAAAUAUUUUUUGGAUACAAACAAUCACACCAAUAGUUGGAACACGGGCUGAAUCAGAUUCUAUGGAUUGUGUUACCCAAAAGAGGGCGUGUGUCACAAAAGAAAAUACUCAUCCAAUCAUUAAACUUUAAUUUUACCAAUAAAUACGGAUGAAUUGGUUCAGAUUGGACGAAUGCAUCGGUUUGUCGCGGGUCUUUUUGUUUAAUACUGAGAAAGCAAGGAAGAAAGAAAACUAGAAAAGAAAGCAGCAGCAGCCAGCAGUGGAAGGAGGCGCCAAAGCCCAAAAAGAAGAGAAGCCCCAUCACCGGCAACACAGGGCGCGAAACCUACGGCCCCUCGUCGGUAUUAUGGUCGCCGUUGCGUUCCAACUUCCGAGCAGGUUACCUUCAACGCGUUGACGUAGAAAAAAAAAACACCCCAUGGAGCAGAGAAGAAAUCAAAUGGGGAAGUCGUUUUUCAAUAAAGGAACAAACUGUAAAUUAACAAGGGGAAGAAGAAAAAAAACCCUCUAGGCCAUGUCGUCCUCCGCCUGCAGGCCAUUUCUCCUCUCAAGUCUCUUUCUCUCCCGCGUUUACCAGAAAGUGCUAAGACGGCUCGAUAUGCUCACAGUCUGAUUCUGGCCUUCCGCCUUUUCUGCGCUCCAAAGCAUUUCAACUGUGAGUUGUCGAAGCCUUUCUUAUCGCAGCCUCUUCUCUAUUGACUUUCGUCCUCCUGAUCAGGGCUUUCAUUUUCGCUAGCUACGCUCCAGCAUUUUGCAGCUUGACUUGUUAGGUGGGGGGAUCAUUGCUUUCUUGCCCUUCUUGCCAAGUUCCUUAAUUGAUUUGACUUUGGUCCAAGUUUGAUCCUCUUUGCUUAAUGCUUACUGGGUUGGUAGGAUUAGCCGUCUUUGCUAUCUGGGUUUCCAGCGGACUUGUGAAUUAGUGGUUCAUCUUCUGCAAAUUGCGUUUCUGGAGCUUCACCAUUGUUAGUGAGGUUGUUGAAGUUCAUGGGGAAUAUCUCAAGUUCAGUGUUUUGUUUCUUUGUGGUAAACGCGAGGAAGUAGUAGAAUUGUUCUUUGUCCUUUCUAGUAACUACCUAUCUUUCGAAUGGUGCCUGGGAUUUUGAGGAAGGUUCGGCCUGUUGCAACAACAAUUCCUAAACCUAAUGAUGAUGAAGAGUAUGCCAAUAAGGUUGAAUACUCUUUUGCUGUUGAGUACUCUGGCCCUCCUCUUCCAUACAACAUCCCUCGAGUUGUGCCAGUUGACGUCGAUGAAAUCCCACUGGCGUCAACACUUGCUUCAGCAUCUCGAUUAGGUGCCGUGCCCAUCAUCCAGCCUAUUGUCAAGUCCACUCUCCCUAGCAAGAAGCUCUCCAAGGAGCUUCAAGAAGGAGUAUCUGCUGGCAAGCCUCAACUAUUCAGUACAGCAGAUGAUUCCAACAAUCAUCCUGAAUCUUCAGUAUUAGCUGGGAGCUCAGAGAUUGUCGAAACACCAGACGACGAGGACAAGGAUGAACCAGCUGGAGAGUUGCAAGAUUGUGAAAGCCCUGGAGACGGGGAGUCAACAAAAUCUCACUCGUUUUCAUGUUCAGUUUCAUCCGAAAUCUUUUCGGGCAAUGAGGACGAGUGUGCUGAUGAAGAAGCUAUUCCUCGCCACGUGAGGAGGCCAUCGGCUGUAACAUUCCGUGAUCUUGACUCGAACGAUGUCGUGGAAGACGAAGAUUUCGAUGAUGCAUCUAAUGCUGAAAGCAGCAUCCCGGGGAGGCCAACUCCUGCUGUAAGGCCUGGGAAGAAAGGAACUUGUUAUCGUUGCAUGAAAGGGAAUAGGUUCAACGAGAAGGAGGUUUGCAUUGUCUGUGGUGCAAAGUUCUGUUCUGGUUGUGUGCUGAGAGCAAUGGGGUCAAUGCCAGAAGGUAGGAAAUGUGUGACUUGCAUCGGUCAAAGGAUCGACGAGGCUAGAAGAAAGAAUCUGGGGAAGAGUUCUAGAAUGCUGAGACAGCUAUUGCCUAAGAUGGAAAUCAAGAAUAUAAUGACUUCUGAAAAAUGUUGUCAUGUGAAUCAAUUGCCGCCAGAGCUUGUGUAUAUUAAUGAUCAGUAUCUUUCUGAGGAGGAGCUGGUGUUGUUGCAAACCAGUGCUCACCCGCCGAGGAAGCUGAAACCCGGGUACUAUUGGUAUGAUAAAGUGUCUGGUUUCUGGGGGAAGGAAGGAGAGAAGCCUUGCCAGAUAAUCAGUGACCAGUUGAACAUUGGUGGUCACAUGAGGCGGGAUGCUAGCAAGGGAGACACCGGCAUACUCAUAAACAAUCGUGAAAUUACGAAACCGGAGCUACUGAUGCUGCAGUUGUUGGGUGUGAAAUGUGAUGGAACAAAUAGCUUUUGGGUAAGUGCAGAUGGUUCAUAUCAGGAAGAGGGCAUGAAAAAUGUGAAAGGAAAAAUAUGGGACAAGCCUGGGGCAAAGGUAAUCUGUACUCUCUUGUCGUUGCCAACGCCUCUUGAUUCCAAUGGCUGUGUGAGUAAAGAGCGAAAUGGUGCUACCAUUCUCCCUAAGGGCCUUGAGCAGUUGUCACAGAAGCUGCUUCUAGUCGGCAACAGAAAGUCUGGAACGAGCACCAUUUUCAAACAGGCGAAAAUAAUCUACAGUGUUCCUUUCUCUGAAGAUGAGAGGGAAAGUAUCAAGUCUAUAAUCCAAAGUAAUUUGUAUGGAUAUAUCGGUAUACUUCUCGAGGGACGUGAACGUUUUGAAGAAGAAUGUUUGGCCCAAACGAGGGAACACCCCAUUGGCGAAAGCAGUUCUUCAGGUCAGACAGAUACUAAAACCAUUUACUCAAUUGGUCCGAGGCUGAAAUCGUUCUCAGAUUGGCUUCUCAAAGUAAUUAUUACUGGAAACUUGGAAACCAUAUUCCCAGCUUCCACUCGUGAAUACGGACCUUAUGUUGAGGAACUGUGGAAAGAUGCUGCCAUUCAAGCCACAUACAAUAGAAGGGAUGAACUUCCAUCUCUUCCAAGAAAUGCAACUUACUUCCUAGAACGAGCUGCCGAUAUUGCAAUGGUGGAUUAUGAGCCAUCUGACAUGGACAUAUUGUAUGCCGAGGGGAUAACUUCAUCAAGAGGGCUAUCGUCCAUGGAGUUUACAUUCCCCAAGUCACCUCGAGAUCUCUGUGACCACAUUGGUUAUCAGCAUGAUCCAUCACAGAGGUACCAGCUCAUCAGAGCUCAUCCAAGAACCCUGGGAGGAAACUGCAAAUGGCUGCAAAUGUUCGAAGAUGUUGAUAUGGUUCUAUUCUGUGUUUCCAUGACCGAUUAUGAUAAGUUCACUGAAGACAGCGAUGGAGUCCUCACCAACAACAUGAUGGCAACAAAGCAUCUAUUUGAAACCAUGGUAACUCAUCCAAAAUUCGAAGACAAGAAGUUCCUUCUCAUGUUGAACAAGUUCGACCUGCUCGAGGAAAAAAUCGAGCAUGUCCCACUCACUCGAUGUGAAUGGUUCAAAGACUGGGACCCGGUGAUUGGACAUGAUCCAGCUAACAGCAGAAGCAGAAUUACUAACCCUUCCUUGGCUCACCGUGCUUUCCAGUACAUUGCAAUGGAGUUCAAGAGAUUCUACGCUUCCCUCACUGAUCAGAAGCUUUAUGUCUCGCUGAUUACUGGGUUGGAAGCCGAUAAUGUGGAUGAAGCUUUUCGUUACGCUAGGGAGAUUAUGAAGUGGGAGGAAGAAACUUUUGACUUGAACAAUAAUAACGAGACAUCUUCUACAAGCAUGGAAGCAAGCUCAUCUGCAUGAUAGAGGUAGAGAUCGAUCUCAAGAACAGAAGGGCCUCAAGAGAGAGCUUUAGUUUCAAAGAGUUCAUCUGUGCUGUGAAUAUUAUACCCUGUGAUUACCUCACUCUUAUUUGUAUAGUCGAGGAGUCUGAGGUUGUUAAGUGAUUAUAGAGAGAGAAGUGAAACAUUGUAACGAAAUGUUGUAAUCCAUACAGAAAUAUGAGUUCUGGCAUUAUGAUCAAGUAUAUAAAGUUUCUUCUCUAACUGCAGGUUUCUUCCAAAUUCAGAGUUUUUUUUUAACUAAAAGCUUGCAUCUUGUUUGAGUUAUAGGUAAAGUUUGAAACUUUAUCCGAUCUUGGCAUUUCCAGAGGCUUUCCCUGGCUGCCCAGUUCAAGAUAUUUCUUCUGCAAGCAGUUUCUGGAACAUUUGACUUGAAUAGAACAGGGGGUAAUUGUCAACAUCACUCUGUUUCUAUUACCUACAAACUUUUCCUAGUGAUGUAGCUCCUUUUUCCCUAUAAACAUUACACAGCUCU